GACGCCACUCUGCCAAAUUGAUCGUGUCAAACAGAAGCUUCAUUUCUCACCUUUAUGGUGUAAGUUGGUUUGAAUCUAAAUCUAGUCUAGAUCUGGAACUAGGUCAAACAGAUAAUGCAUCAUUUAUAAAACAAGCAGAUCUAACACUAUGCAACAUGCCACUUGGCAGAGCAACAAAAGACAGGACCACCAAAGAAGCAAGAGUGCUAGCCAACAGAUAUGAAGUUGUUAAAAAACUUGGGAGUGGCAAUUUCGGAACAGCAUUCUUAUGCAAGGAUACAAAGUGCAAUAAUGAGUUGAAAGUGUUGAAAGAGAUACCAGUUGGAGAUCUGCAGCCAGAUGAAACUGUUGAUGCCAUGCAUGAAGCCAGGCUGCUGUCCAAGCUUGACCAUCCUGGUAUUGUUAAAUUUCAUGACAGUUUCAUUGACAGUGAAUAUUUCUGUAUUAUCACAGAAUACUGUGAGGGUGGAGACCUUGACCACAAAAUUGAAGAAUUCAAAAAACAAGGAAAAUCAUUUGAUGAAAAAACUAUAUUGAAUUGGAUAAUACAGCUUAUUUUAGCAGUGCAGUAUAUGCAUAGCCGCAGAGUUCUUCACAGAGACUUGAAAACUAGAAACAUCUUUAUUCGCAAAAACUUGAUGAAGAUUGGAGAUUUUGGGAUUUCUCGCAUAUUAAUGAACACCUCUGACAUGGCAUCCACAUUUACUGGCACACCUUAUUAUAUGAGUCCAGAAGUACUUAAACAUGAAGGUUACAACUCAAAGUCUGAUAUAUGGUCUAUAGGAUGCAUCCUCUAUGAAAUGUGCUCUCUAGAGCAUGCCUUUAUGGGCCAAGGUCUCAUGGCUGUCAUGUACAAAAUUGUUGAGAAAGAUCCUCCUAACCUUCCUGAAAAAUAUUCAAAAGAUCUUAAUGAUGUUUUUAAAAAAAUGCUGACUAAAGACCCAGAGAAAAGACCUUCUGCAACAGAAGUCACUAAAAUUCCAUUUAUUGAAAAGCAUAUGACAAAAAUGAAAGAUACACUGACAGAAGAAUACAAAUCAAAACAUAAUAUGAAUCCAGAUUUAGCAGAAAGGGAAGCAUCUGAGUUGGCAUCACUACUAAGAGAGAAAUCACACUUAGAAGAUGUGAGAUCUACUUUAGACAGAUCAACAGACAGUAAUAGCAGAAGUGAAGCAGAAGAUAUUGAUGGCAAAAAGUUGACAGCUAGGGAGAAGUUGUUGCAGAAGAAAAGACUUGAAGCUGAUAAAAAAGCCCAUGAAUUGGCUAAAGUUACACAAAUACAGCUUGUUGAGAACACCAAAAGAAGAGAAAAAAUCAAGACAAGUUUUGAACAAACAACCCUCCCAGCAUGGAAAGGUGGAUAUGGUGAAGGGGAAAUAUUAAAGGAAGCACUGACAGUGAAAGAUCCUCGACUUGAUAAACCAUCCAAAUAUAAAUAUUCUUUAGAGGAUAUAAAAUCAGAAGAAUUUGAUGACUAUAGUCAAGAUGAAGAGACCAUUAUACAACGCACUGUUAUUAGAAAGCGCACUGACCCAAAGUCAAAAAGUAUAGGCAGCAGUAAAACUGAAAGGAGUGAGAGGUUGACACGAACACAUUCUUAUGACACGCCCCGAACUUUAACAGAACACUCUCCAAAUACCCUUAGUUUAACCUUUGGGGCGAACCCAAAGGAUCGUGCUAUCACCCCAAUGAAGGAUCUUAUGGUUUAUGAUAGAGAACAUUCAUCAUUGGAUUUUAAAGAUGGUAUUCCUGACACACCAGAUCUGGCUGAGACUUACUAUGAGCAGUUUGGAUUUGAUGAUGAUGAAGAUGAUAUUGUGGUAGGCAAAACAGACAACAGAAGGGACAGUGAUGACAGGACACUGACAGAAGAAAGUUUGGCUAAAGAAGAGGAUGAUUUCAUCAAGUGUCUAGAACAAGCACUUGACAACAACAGUGGAGAAUCUACUAUAGUAAGUGAUGAUUCAGUUUCUGGUGCAUUUGGUCCACAUGCUAAGGAAACAAAGAUAAAAAAUAUGAGAGCUGAAUGUAUCAAGAUAUUAGGUGAGGAUGUGUUCAACAAAGCCUACACUUAUCUCAAGUCUGCCAGAAAUUCAAAGAAACAAAAAGAAAAGUCUGAGAAAGAAAUCAUGGAAGGGUUGAGAAAAUUUGUGAAAAACCCAUCGGAUUGUUUUAUUGUUGAUCAACUGCUGUUCUUGGAAGAAUAGCCAAACAUGUUCUUUCAAACAAUUAUCUCUUUCCAAGAAAGAUAAGCUCAAAAUCGUAUCAAUUUCAUCAAAUUCAAUAUACUUACUUUUGAGUUGAAGGAACAUUAACUAUUGAGGAUAUCAGUUUGCUAAAGUGUUUCCCCCUGCCACACUGUUGAUAAGUGUAACUUGGUAGCUCUUCAUUUCGAAGUUUGACUGUAAAGCUUUAAAGGCUGCUUCAAUUUAGAAUAUUGUGUAGAUAGAAUCAAUUUGAGUGCAAUGAAAAUGGAAAUAAUUAGCUGUUAGACUACUAAAAUGAAAUUUUAAAUAAAUGUUCUCAUUUUUCCUUUAGUGGCAUUAGAAACAACAUAAAUAAACAUUAAGAACAUUGUUCCUCUAACUUGAGUUUUAGUUUAAAUUUUAAUAUUGUGGGCAACAUAAAAUAUAGUUGUCCAGAGUAAAUAAAAUGUUUAACUUUUGUCACAUUGCUGUAAAAAAUGUAAGCAGUAUUAAAUUGUUCAUUUUAUUUAUUUAUUUAAGCAAUUAUACAAAUUAAAAAAAAAUAAAAUAACUUGAAGUGUUUGUUUAUGAGCUUAAUAGAUAUGUUAAACAUUAGAUUAGGUUUAUUUCUCUUCAUAUUGACAAUUGAGUUUGGAGGACAUUUUUAGAUCAAUUCUUAGUUUAGCAUGAGCAUUUACGGUUUCCGAUAUGCAAGCAUUAUUGUAUAUAUUAAAUACCUUAAUCUUUACAAAGAAUUAACAAUUCUUUUAUCAGUGUUUGUGACAUUCAAUUAAAUUUUUUUUAAAGUUGAAUUUUUAAGAUUAACAUACUUUUAAUUAAUAGAGUUGUUUUUUUUAAUUUAAAUGGACAAGAUGAUUACAUUUGAAUUUCCUUCUUCAAAUGUAAACGUUUCAAAGCAAGUCUGUUCAAAUUAAUUACACUAACUGUAUCCUAUUUAACUUUCAUUUGUCUAAGGGAAAUUUUCCAUUACAUACAUUUAAAUCAAUCUAGUAAAAGGCUUUGAUAGUUUGGUUCUAUUUUAUGUUUUACCAUCCCUUCUAUUUUAUGCAUUAGGUUGGCUACUGUUCUCCUUUGGUUACAAUGUCUCUUAUAUUCGUGUGGCAGGCUAUUUCAUGUUACCAGGUCACUAAGUGUAUAUGACUGAGUUACUGAGUAUGCUAAGGUGGGCUGCUUACUUGCAACAUUCCAUGAAAAAAUAUAUUGUCUGGUUGUUUAUUUAUAAAUAGUAUCUUUUGUUUGCAUACAUUUUUAUUUAAAUGUGAUAUGCAGUGAUAUUUAUUUUAAUCAGAACUUUUUGAAUGUUUGUAAUUCAUUACACUGGGCAAUCUUGACUAUUGCUGGUUCCUGAUUGUCCCCAGUACAACCUGUUCUUUAUUAUAGCAAAUAUUUGACCUUCUGUACCAGAUUUGUUCAUUGUUAUUGUACCACCCAUUCUUUUGUAAAUUCUAUUCCAUCCAUUCUAUAUUGUAUGUUGUCUUGUUCAUUCUUUCAAGAACUCUAUACACCCUAUUAUGCAUUGUAUUUAGUACUGUCUAUUCUUCUUUUUAUAAUUCCCAUGGUCCAUACCAAAUACGUCCAUUUUAAUUAAACCCAUGUACUGUCCAAGAUUUUUGUCUAAAUCUGUACAUUUUUCAAAAUUAUAAACAACAUGUUUGUAAUUCUUGAAACCUGCAAGUGUCAUAUCAGUAUGCAGUUCUUAAAUGCAUGUAUGUGUGCUGUUGACAUGAGCUAUGUCUCAGUAGAGGAUGUCAAAUAACUUUGUUACACAGACCUUUUUUUUCAAAGCAUUUUGAUUUCUUGGUAGAAAUGUUUUUGUACACCCAUAUAUUCAAACAAUCCUCUAGUAUAUUAGAGUUCUGUAGAUCUACACAGAGUGUAACUUUCUAUUUUUUUUUAUAUAUAUUUGAGAGUGAAUGCUGUUAUUUUUAUAAUAUACAAAUAUUUAUUUAUAUUGUCAAGAAUUGUUUUUUUUUUUCAGAAUUAAUAAAGAAUUUUUUUGCAUUGAUUAGAAUGAACAUACAAUCAAACAUUUGAUAUUCCAUCCAAUAAUAAAUUUUCCUAGAAUCGUGCUUUUAUUUUUUAGUUUAGAUUCAAGGAGAACUGGUUCACAAGUUACAUGUUUCUAAUGUUACUUACCAGCCUCAAAAUUUAAUAUAUACUAGAAAAAUUUCUAUGCAUCUUUCACUUUGAGUCUUUCAUUAAUGAAAAGUAAAAUUAUUAUCUACUUGCUACUUAAAGCCCCAUUAAUCAUUCUUUAGACUUUCAGUAAAUUUGUUUUUGUGACAUAUGGCAGGUUACUUGCUCAAUGUCCAGUUGCAUGUUCAGCAACUGCUCUGAUCUCAGAAACUAAACUUAUCCUUCUGAGCAAGAAUGUAGCAAUUUUUUUUCUGUAGCUAUUAGUUGAGAGUUGUUGUUUUUUUAAAUUGUGAUAAUGUGUAUGUAUCAAUUUAUUGUAUGUUUGUUGCACUAACUUAUAUUAACUGAUAUAAUAAGAGGUGACAAUUUGAAAGUCUAAUAACAAGUAUUUGUAUGAUUAUUAACACCAGCAAACAUUAACAUUCAUUCAACCAAAACUACAUUCUUGCUCUCGGGAAAUGAAUGUUGGUAUUCAGUGAUUUUUUUGUUUUGCUUUAUAUUAUUUCUUUUAAUUAAUAUUUAGCAUAGAAUAUAAAGGAAUUAGUUUUAUUGAUUUCAUUUACUAGUGCAUUGU